GUCCGAUGGGUAUCUGCAACGCCCCCGUGACCUUUCAGCGGGCCAUGAACAUGGCUUUUCAUAAUUUCGUGCGGAAGACUCGUUUGGCGCAGAGUAUCAUCAACUAUGCNCUAUGCAACGCCCCCGUGACCUUUCAGCGGGCCAUGAACAUGGCUUUUCAUAAUUUCGUGCGGAAGACUCGUUUGGCGCAGAGUAUCAUCAACUACUGCGUGAUUGUGUACAUGAAUGACAUCUUGGUGUAUUCGAGUUCCUACGAGGGACACGUGCAGCACAUCGAAUGGGCACUGCAUGCGUUACGAGAUGCGGGCUUCAAGGUGGCGCUUAAGAAGUGUCAGUUUUUCCUCACCACCAUUUCCUUCCUAGGGCACGUGGUGACAGACAAGGGACUCCAACCGGAGCCGGAGAAGGUGGCAGCUGUCAGGGACGCGCCGGUGCCUACGACUAUCACGCAAGUUCGCGCCUUUCUAGGCCUAGCCUCGUACUACCGAAGAUUUAUCAAGGGCUUCGCGGCAAUUGCGGGACCCCUCACAAAUCUGUUUCGCAAGGAUCAGCCGUUGAUCUGGACGCCGGAGUGCGAUCAAGCGUUUUCCAAACUCAAGGCCGCUCUCAUUUCGGCUCCGGUCCUUAUAAGACCGGAUCCCGAAAAGCCUUUUGUUCUCAUCACUGACUGGCAGCCAGAGGCGAUUUCGGCGAUCCUUGCCCAUGUGGGACCAAGCGAACUCGAGAGUGUGGUGGAGUAUGCGUCCAAAUCAGUGCCCGCCUGCAAGCGCAACUACGCCGCUCCAACGGGAGAAUGCUAUGCGGCUCUCUGGGGAAUCAGUCACUUUCGUGCUUACCUGUACGGGCGAAAGUUCACCCUGGUAACUGAUCACGAGCCCCUGUUGGCUCUGAAGAAGUCGAAGGUUUACUCGGGCAUGAUCGGGCGAUGGGCAACGGUGCUGCAGAGCAUGGACUUUGACAUUCGUCAUCGGAAGAACGAGAGACACGGGAAUGCGGACGGACUGACACGACUGCACCGGUCUGAGAAAGUUCCGAAGAAUGAGGAGGUAAUUCCGUGGAACGAGCCCGACCAGGAGAUUGGACCUCGGUACGGCCAAGUGGAGAUCUUGUCGAAGCAUGACGACAGUCCUGCUCCAUACAUUCUCGAGCGAGCACUGGAUCCAUACCUUCAGUGGACUGCGUGCUUGGAGGAACCUAGGGACGAGGAUACGCUACCAUCGCGGCAGGAGUACCUGAAGCCGUACGAUAUCAUCCCUCACGCCUUUUAUCCGAGGGCGGAGGAAGUGGUGAUCGACGACGACGACGAAGAGGACGAAGACGAGGAAACAUCGAAGGAGGGACACUAUAGCGAAUAUAGUGAGGGCGAGUUGAGUGAAGAAGAGGAGGAGGGAGAAGAAACCGGAUCUGAGCCGGAAGCUUUGCCGGAGAAAGCGACGCGCACGGGAACGGAGGCAGAAGAUCCGGAAGCGGCCCGAAAGCGCGAAGAAAUUGCCACCGGGAAGCGCCAGCUGGAGUUCGCCAGCGGAGCCAGCCAACGCAUCGGUAGCGAUCCGACCAGAGAUCCGGAGCCGCCAAAGCCCGAAGAUGGCGACCCUGCAACCGUCACCUCAAGUACCGCACGACGGAGACGGAGCUGAUCCUCCUCCUCCUCCAGCCCCACCCGUCCCCCAGUUCGCCCACAUACCGAUGCGGGCGAUAGGCCUUCGUCCUCGCGCGCUAUCCCGCCCACACC